AUGCAAGGAACAAAUCGAGUCAAAACAGUACUCAAUGAGGGCGAACGACCUGCUUUGGGCGUCUGGCAGCUGUUACCCGGUAGCAACCUGUCUCGCACUCUGGCUCGAGCUGGAUAUGACUGGGUGUUAGUGGAUUGUGAACAUGGCAAUAUUGAUGAUGCCGCAAUGCAUGAGGCCAUCCCGGCUAUAACGUCAUACGGAAUUAGUCCCAUUGUUCGGGUACCUGAUUUCCAGUCCUGGAUGAUAAAACGGGCGCUUGAUGCCGGUGCUCACGGGGUCCUCGCUCCCCUCGUGCGAACAGUUGAAGACGUCAAAUCCUUCAUCGAGGCAUCCCGAUUCCCACCGCAAGGACGUCGAGGAUUCGGCUCCCCAUUUCCAAUGGACCGCUUUGGCACGAACGUCACAGCUACUCAAUAUCUAAAGGAAGCAAAUGACAACAUUCUUCUUUCUGUCCAGAUCGAGACCCGAGAGGCUCUAGAGGCAGUUGAUGAGAUCGCAGCUGUUGAUGGACUCGAUUUGUUGUUUGUUGGUCCUUUUGAUCUUGGCAAUAAUAUUGGGUACCCGGUGGAAGGGGCUUUUGCACUGGAACUUGAACAGGCUAUUCGGAAGAUCCUCGAUUCUGCUCAUGCGGCUGGCAAAAGGGCGGGUAUUUUCUGUAGCAGUGGUGCCCAGGCGAAGCGUUACGUGGAUAUUGGGUAUGAUUUUGUUAAUGUCGUUACUGAUGUUGGAGCACUUUCUUCUUCUUUGUCGAGCGAGAUGGAGAUAAUUACUCAGAAAGCUGGGAAAACUGUUUCUGGGCCUUAUGGCAGUUAG